AUGCCUAUAUUAGAUGCGGUUAUGAACGGUACAGCCGAGCAAGUUAAUGCGGCUAUCAAGGAAGGUGGUGAUAUCAACGAAGUCGAUGGCGAAGGAUACACCCCUUUAAUGAGAUCAAUAGAAAAGCCUUCUAAAGAUAUUUUUGGCGUAUUGAUCAAAAGCAAAGCCGAUGUUAAAUAUAAAUCACCAUCUGGCCUUGAUGCUAUGAAAGUAGCUAUCCAAGCAGGAGCAGAUUUUGCAAUUCCAGUUUUAAUCAAGUCCGGUUAUCCAAUUGACACAGUUUACGAACAAGGAAGGACAACCUUACAUAUUGCUGCACUUUCUGGCAACAAGAAAAUCAUCGAGACGUUAUGUAAAGUUAAAGCUGAUGUUAAUGCUAAAGAUCAAGAUGGAAAUACACCAUUGUCACUAGCCUUAGCCAACCAAGUCCCUGGCAUCUUGCAAGUGUUCGCUAAAUACAAUCCCCCAUUUAACGAACCAAAUAAUAAAGGCGAAACAGUCGCUCAUCUUAUCAUUCCAUACCAAAUGCCAGAGAUGGUCAAAUUCCUAUCGAACAAGAAGUACUCUAUCGACUGGAAUGCAGCAGAUGAAGAAGGAAUGACUCCAGCCUUAAUUGCUGCCAAGCUUGGUUUAGAGAAAUCGCUCGAAUUACUACUUAAAGCAGGUGCUUCAUCAAGUGCUCAUACUAAAGAUGGCUCAACAAUUGUCCAUCUCGCUGCAUUAGGUGGACAAUCGACAAUUAUACCUAUCUGUGCAGCCCAAGGAGCUCCAAUUGACUCGGAGAACGACAAAGGUAUCAGACCAAUCCAUUUCGCAUGCCAGAGUGGUUCAGUUCCAAUGGUUCAAGCACUUCAAAAAGCAUUAGCCGAUUUAAACGCUACAGAUAAGGAAGGAAACUGUUCCUUGCACUACGCAGUUGUCUACCAUCAGCCAGAAAUUGUUUCUUUGCUUCUUGAAUCUUCAGUUGACAUAAAUUCAAAAGGAAAAGACGGAAAAACAGCUUUACACAUGGCCGUUGAGAAAGGAUACAACGAUAUUGUUACUUUCCUUACAGAGAAGUCCUGUGAAGUCAACAUGAAAGACAACAACGGCGAAACUCCUCUUCAUGUCGCAAUUAUUAACAACAAUGUCGAAGCAAUUAAGAUUCUCUUAGCUGCAGGAGCAUCAACAAAUGUCCAAUCGAGUGAUGGAACAUCGCCUUUGCAUUUAGUUGCAACAAGACACGCUUUAGAAAUGGGCGGAUUGUUGUUGGCCGCGAAUGCAAAUAUCAACAUCCAAAACGACAAACAAGAGACACCAAUUGUUCUCUCAACAGAAUGCGGUGAUGAAGAUUUGGUUGGUGUUUUCAUUGAGAACAAAGCUGAUUUGGAUAUAGGAGAUGAACAUGGAAAAAGACCACUUCACCUGGCCAUUAUUGGUGACCACAUGUCUAUUUUUGAGAAAUUGCAGAAAGCAGGAGCUGAUUUGAACGCGAAAGAUGAGGAAGGAAAGACUCCUUUGCACGUUGCUGUUGAAUUGAAUAAGAACGAAUUUGUUGUGAAACUGAUAGAAGACAAAGCGAAAGUUGAUAUUGCUGAUAACAAAGGACAAACUCCUCUUCAUGUUGCAUCAAACAAUGCAUCUCAUGUAAUGAUAAACGAGUUAUUGGAAGCAGGAGCACCAGUGAAUGUUGUUGAUCUCGAAAAGAAUACUCCUCUUCAUUUGGCAGCAUUGAAGAUGGACAAGAAAUGCGUUCAAGCAUUGAUUGUUUCUGGUGCUGAUGUUAAACUGAUGAAUGAUAAAGGUUUGACACCAAUGCAAGGUGUUAGAUUGACAUUCUCUAAGUUCAUGAAGGCUUUGGUUGCAGAGAGAGAUGAGAAAGAUGUGAAAGACGCAAAGGAUGAAUACAUUGCUGGUAAAGUAUUGAACCAGGAAGGUCAGCCAUUAAAUACUCAAGCAGAUAUGAGAGAAUCGUUCUGUUUGUAUUGUAAGAGAAGACCAGCUGUUGCUGCGAUGAUGCCGUGUGGUCAUCUCUGUGUUUGUGAGGUCUGUUUGAAGGAAAGAGUUGGACAAAUAAAGACUUGUCCAAUCUGCAAGAAAGAUAUAACUGGCGCUGUUAAUAUCUUGUGUUAA